AUGAAACGACUUACACGGCAAUUCGCAACAUUUCCAACAUCAUCGCAGACAUACUCCGAGCUAUUUGUGCUUCGUCAUAUGCCCGGCAGCUUGCUUGCGAUGUUCCUCUCAUCAUCUCCCAAACCCAAACCAGAACAGAAAAUCCGCAAAAUUUCCUCUGGCAACUCGAGUUCUGUUCAAUAUGAAGCCUUCUUCAGCCACACGAUGAAUGAACUUGUCGUGAAUCCACGCCCUAUCCUCAACAUCAUAACAUCAUUAGAUAUCAGAGAGCGUGAGCGUGAGAAAAGGAGCUCAUCUCAUCUCUGCAUCAACGAAUUCGACAUCCGCUAA